UUAAUUCGUAACAUACGUUGUUUUUCAGCAAUUAUAAGGUUGCAGCAAUGCUGCCACGGCAAUAUUACAACGAGCAAGACGUUCGUAAAAGGCAAAUCGAUACUCUAAAAAUAUUCAAUGACAACGUUCAAGAAGUGACUGAAAAUGCGGAAUACAAAGUAGAUUUCACUAUAAAUGGGAAGAAUUUCAGCUUGAACGUGAUAUUAGGGCCUGAGUUUCCUAAUGAGAAGCCGGUUAUAUUGGUGAAUCCUCCGGUUUCUCAUCCGUGGGUGGCGGAACACUCGAGUCAAGUGGUUGGGGCUCCGGGGCUCAUUCAGUUUACCGUGCAUUCGGAUUUAGGGAGAGUGGUUCAUGCUGUUAUUAGGGAGCUCCAAAAGGCGCUGCCGGUAGAAGAGGAGUCCUCGCAGAGCAGCCCCUCGCACCCGUCACACUCCCUCCUGAUCCCGGAGCUCGGGGAGCUGACCAUCGAGGAGCUGCAUGAGAUCCUGGAGAACCCUGACUUGCAGGACAAACUUCUGGAAACCACGCCCCAACUCCUAGCACUCAACCUGGAGACGGAGGAGCUGAUGCUCAGCAUCGAGAGCAUAGCCCGGGACAAUAUAGCUGAACAGCAGAGACUUGACGCGAUGAAGACUGAUGUAGUCGACCGGAUAUCCGCGCUGGUGCAGAUGAAGAUUAACUAUGAGGAGCUACAUACUAGACACCAGAAAUUGUCGGAAGAGUACGACCCGCACCGCAUCAGGGAUUGCCUAAAGGCGGCCGCCUUAAAGGCAGACGAAGAUGCUGAAACCAUCGCUGAGCAGUUCCUACUAGGUAAGAUGCCUGUGGACAGUUUCAUCUGUCAGUUCGCGUCGCGGCGCGCGCUCGGGCAGGCGCGGCGCGCGCGCCAGGAGCGCCUCGCGCACCAGCUAGCGCAGCUGCACCGCGCCACCUAGCCCAGCUGACA